AUGGUCUAUGGGAAAAGCAACACCAAUUUCGAGCGAGCCCUUAAGACACACGAGAGCCAUUCUAAGCAAUGGGGCAAUGGCUUCGAGGUCUUACGACAGGAUCUUGCGACCGGGUUCUGGAACAAACCUACGUAUAUCCUUCAUGUCUUGACGCAGGAGCUUAUGAAGGCACCUCGUGAGAGAGCAGAAUGGUUGAUGUGGGUCGAUGCCGACUCAAUCAUUAUCAACCCAGAUAUUUCUCCGGAACUGUUCCUGCCGCCAGCCGAUCUCUCGCAAAUCCAUUUCGUAGGUACGCGAGAUGAAAACGGCUUGAACACCGGAAUCUUCUACCUCCGCGUCUCCACAUGGUCUAUAUCUUUCCUCAUCGAAACACUGGCAAUGCCACUGUACGAGCCCGAUGCUGGGCUUGGGCGUUCGGCGGACCAAGACGCGAUGAGCCUGGUCUUGCAUAAGGAGAUUGGAGGACCCUCGAACCAAGGAUACCGUGACGCUAUGGUACUAAUACCUCGAUUGUGGAUCAACACCUACGAAAGGGAGGAGGAUGGGUACGAAGGCAAACGUGGCGAUAUGUUGGUGCAUUUCCCGGGUUUGGAGGAGACAAGACGGAAGCACAUGGGCGACUGGUUGGAUGUCGUCGAGUCGAGACCUGGGGUGUGGCGGUGCGCUCUUGAGGAGACGGAGUACUGGAACGUGACUCGGGAGUAUUGGAGGGAGUUUCGAGCGGCGUAUGAGUUGUGGAAGGAGGUAGAAGCACUACAGGACACAGAGGACAUCAGUGAUGCUACAUGGCAGGCUGCUACAGAUUUGAAAAAGAUCCUCGAGACUGAAGCCGAUGAUAUUGUGAAAAUUGGUCAACUGAGGUCGAAGCUCUCGUCUACCUUCCAGUUUGAAGGGGUAAAUUCAUGA